AACAUUGAGGAGGUUUCAACCUGUUUUCCUGAUCGAGAUUCUGACUGCGAUAAGAUUUCGUGCAAGAAAGUCAAAAACUAGUUACUGGCUUCAUCUUCAUCACACUGCUCCUGCACUCAACAACGACCAUGACGACGUCCGUCAUAUACAUUGCUGUUUUGACAAUAGCUUGCCCUUUGGUACACGUCCUAUCGCAUAGGAACUGUAAAAUCGAUGAUUUUGAAGUACAGAGUUACUUUAGGCCUGAACUUUUUAGUGGGGUGUGGCAUCUCGCGGGGUACACCAGAAUGCUGAGUCCCGUGACUCGCCUUCCCCCCAGGAUUAAGCACAUCAGGACCCGUUACGUCAAAUCCCGCUAUUACUUGGGAGCCGACGGAAGGGGGAUCAUCAUGAGCAACGGCCAGGUGAGGGUGACGUUACAGAACGGAUACACUUUCACGCGAUGUGAGCGCGUGGAUUUUUCCACUUACAUGGAGGAGGGGUCACGACCAAUCAUGGACCUCGUCCAGGUUACGGGGAGAAGACGAGGGUUGUUAACCAGGUCCCACAUCGUGGACACGGACUACGACAAUUACGCAGUCAGAUACACGUGCGAAUUGGAACUGGAAAAUGGCACGUGCGCACCACACAUGGACCAUCUUUGGAUUCUGCGUAAAGACAAUACGAAUUUUACAUUCAAUAGUACCCAGAUUCAGAAUAUCAUGACACGGCUGUGUAGUUCUGGAUCGUACGUUGAGUCACCCGUCGGAAACGAGUGUCCUGCUCCAACAAUGUAGGAACUACGUGACUCUUCUCCGACAAUGUAGGAACCACGUGACUCUUCUCCGACAAUGUAGGGACAAUGGUGACUCUGUUUCAGCAAUAUAGGACUAGCUAUGGAACGUAAGACAACACUCGUUUUAGAGUUAUGGUUAAUAGUGUGAAAACUGGGCUGAAAAGAAAACUUUAAACUGCAUAAAUAUCAUUGAAUAUGCAAGUUCUCAAUUAAAAAGUGUUAUAUCA